GCGCCGUUCUAUUGGGCUCAAUAUGUAGCUUGGCAAACUUUAUGCUCAAAGGAAUGGUGAACAGGGAGGUAACGCCAUUCUUGUAUGGUGCAUCUCUGUGCGCAUUGAUGAAAAAGGACGGUGGUAUUCGGCCUAUCGCUGUGGGCAGCGCGCUUCGUCGUCUGGUAGCCAAGCUUGGUUGCAAUGCGGUAAGGGGCGUAAUGUCCGCCCAAUUACAGCCGCGACAGCUGGGUUUUGGCGUGCCGCUGGGUUGCGAAGCCGCCAUACAUGCUACUCGGGCUUUUGCUUUUGACAGGGAUGGAUCUGAGACUGUCAUUUUUAAGGUUGAUCUUGAAAACGCGUUUAACAUGGUCGAGAGAGAUGUGAUUUUACGCAAGGUUAAAGAGCAAGUGCCUUCGCUAUAUCCAUUUCUACACCAAUGUUACUCCAUGCCCAGCAACCUCUUUUACAGGAGCAGCCUUUUAGAGUCUCAGGUGGGAGUGCAACAGGGGGAUCCCUUGGGCCCUUUACUUUUCAGUCUGGCCAUCCAGGAUGUCGUGUCAUCGUUGCGCUCCCCUCUAAAUACUUGGUAUUUGGAUGAUGGCUGUUUGGGGGGGCGUCCCGAGGAGGUUUUGGAGGAUAUUGAGAUUCUGAUACGGAAUUUGAAUGCUUUGGGCCUAAGAUUAAAUCCGCAAAAGUGUGAGCUGUUCUCAUGUUCUGGGCAGUUGUCGCAAAAUGUGAGUGGACGUUUCAACGCUUUAGUGCCGGGUUUUGUGCAACUGGACAAGGCCCAUUUUACCCUUUUGGGUGCACCCGUGUUCCCAGAGGGGGUGCCGAGUGUCUUGUUGUCCAAAAUGACGGCACUGGCGGACACUAAACCACUCCUAGGUCAACUCUCGGCGCAUGUGGCUCUGACGAUUCUGCGGUCGUGUUUGUCCAUUCCACGACUAACUUAUACCCUUCGAACAUCACCUGUAUGGCUAUGUGGCGUGGAGGCAGCGAUGUAUGAUGAAGCACUGAAUGAUCUCUUGGGGGGUAUCAUUAAUAGUAGUAUGACAGAGCUUCAGUGGUCUCAGGCAGCGCUUCCAAUUAGGCACGGUGGUCUGGGCAUCCGCCGUUUGCAGGACACUGAGUUGCCGGCUUUUUUGGCCUCUUCGUCGGGAGUGUUACAGCUAGUCACUCGUAUCCUACCAUUUAAUGGUGACAAGCUAUGCAUUCCUUACGCAGACGAGGCCUUGGAAUUGUGGCGGGCACGUUGUCCUAGCGGCACGGUGCCGGAGCUGCCGCAGCGCCAACGGGAUUGGGAUGAGGAGAUGUGCCGGGUCACGGUAGCUGCGCUUCUGGCACAGAAUACAGGCGCGGAGCUCGCACGUCUGCGAGCGGUGUCGCAGCCGGAGUCGGGUCUUUGGCUGCAAGCAUUGCCAUCGCCGCAAAUGGGGACGUUACUGGAUGACGAUUCCCUGCGUGUGGCGGUGGCGCUGCGCCUCGGCUGUGAUAUCUGUGAGCUACACUCAUGCGUUUGUGGAGCGAUGGUGGACCGACUAGGCCGACAUGGCCUUCAUUGUGUUCGCAGCGCGGGGAGUCGGGGCUAUGACAACCGCUCCGGGGCAUACCUGAUGCAGAGGAUCUCCCUGGCUGUGCAGCGAGGUAAUGCCGCUAGCAUCAUGGGCACAUUUUCGUCGGUUAUGUCUCGGGGCGGUUUAUUGACUUAGUAGGUAUGUAAGCUUAGUUAUUUUUAUUUUGCCUGUUAGUUUUAGUUAUGUUUUGUAUUUAUUAACU